UGUGUGUGUGUGUGUGUGUAGUUCAUCCUCCUGUUUGGUUCAUCCUCUUUUCUGUCAGCCUUUUGUGUUUUACACCUGUUUUGUGUCAUUUGACCCCAUGACCUGAUUCUGGAUCCCAUUUGGUGAGUUUUCUCCUCUGUCCUUUCUCUUUCUACCCCUCCAUAAACACAUACAUACACACACACACACACACACACACACACACACACACACACACACACACACACACAUACACUGUCCUCCCUCCCACUUUUGCUCUGUCCAUCCCUGGAUUUAUCCCCCUCAUCCCUGAUCUCCCUUCAUCCCUCUCAAUCCUCAUCUGUUCUUCGUAGUGGCAACAGAGAGGGAAAGAGAGAGAAGGACAGAGUGCCUGUGUGAAUGUGUGUGUGAGCGACACAGAUUUCAAAUAGUGCAUACGACAGGAAAAACUGAAUGAGUGUUAUAGUUCUGGGAAAAGACAGCGUGGUGGAACUACCCUAAACAUCAGAACAACACCAAACAAGAGGAGACAGACAGAAUUCUCCCUGUCCCCCUGAUCUCACUUCCGGCCUGUGUCACCUGGUGACAGCACCUGACCAGCCAUCGCCAUGGGUGAAAUGGAGCAGCUGCGAAAGGAGGCGGAGAGCCUGAAAGAUCAAAUCAUUGUAGCCCGUAAAGGAUUUGCUGACACCACGCUACAGGAGGCCGUCGCUGGGACGGCUGUGGUGAGUCGUGUCCAGCUCAAGACCAGGAAGACGCUGAGGGGACACUUAGCCAAGAUCUACGCCAUGCACUGGGGCGCUGGCUUGACGCAGUGCGUUAGCGCUUCUCAGGAUGGCAAACUGAUAGUAUGGGACACCCUCAGCACCAACAAGGUCAAUGCCAUCCCCCUGAAGUCAUCGUGGGUAAUGACGUGUGCAUACGCUCCAUCUGGGAACCUAGUGGCAUGCGGUGGACUGGAUAACAUGUGCUCCAUCUACAACCUGAAGGGCAAGGAUGGAAAUGUCAAGGUCAUGCGCGAGUUAGCAUCACACACAGGCUACCUGUCCUGCUGUCGUUUCGUAAGUGACAGUGAGAUCAUCACCAGCUCCGGUGACUGCACCUGCAUCUUGUGGGAUAUUGAGACAGGGACAGAGAAGACCAUCUUUGCAGGUCACCUGGGAGACUGUAUGUCCCUGGGUGUGGCUCCAGACUUUAAGAGCUUCAUCUCUGGGGCCUGUGACUACACAGCCAAACACUGGGACAUUCGGGAUGGAAACUGUACCCACACACUGAGUGGACAUGAGAGUGAUGUUAAUGCCAUCGGGUUCUUCCCCAACGGUAACGGAAUCCUCACAGGCUCCGAUGACGCCACCUGUAAGCUUUAUGACCUGCGGUCUGACCAGGAGCUCAUUACUUACCAGGACGCCACCAUCAUGUGUGGCGUCACCUCCCUCGCCCCCUCUCUAUCUGGAAGACUCCUCCUGGCUGGCUACGAUGACUUCAACGUCAACAUCUGGGACGCACUGAAGGCAGAGAGAGUGGGUGUGCUGGCUGGUCAUGAUAACAGAGUGAGCUGCAUUGGAGUGUCAUCUGACGGAAUGGCCUGCUGCACGGGAUCCUGGGACAGCUUCCUGAAGAUAUGGAACUGAAGUGAUUCCAAAAACACCAAGCACAUAUAAAGCAAGCUGGGAGUGGUAGACAAGAUGAAAAUCAGGGUGGGGUGGGGGGUGAGCGAGCUUAAGAGAGCUAUAGGUAGAACAGGGCAUAAAAUAUGAGCAGAUAAAAGUGGGAGUUCUGUUGUGCCAAGUCCUACCAAAGGCAUGAGAGGGGGUCUCUUGGAGGCCAACUGCUUUGGGUUGACAUGGAGACACAUUGUUCAGCAAAACACUGGCUCUACGGGCUGGAAGUUUAUUUGGGAAAUUAGCCAUCAAUGCUGUUAAAUUCUAAAGGAAUUUGGUAGGAUUUGGCAAUUUCAAAACUAGUUCCAACUCUAGUCAUACUUCACAAUUAAAAAGUAGAUACCCUCUGUAUAGCACACCAGUUUCCUCACAGAAGUUGCCAAAUGGUUAAGCAAGUUUUUGGAAGAAACUAUAAAUUGUUUAUCUAGGUUUACACAGAUGAUAGGACCACUUUUAUAUUCAGUUAAAUGUUAUACAGCUGUUAUGUGCGUUUGGCUGUCGUGUGUUUGAAGCAUUAUUGAUGGUUUUAUUUUACAUUGUUUCUUUUGGAAUGUGUUGGCUGUAGAAUGCUAGUUUUCUUUUCAGUUUGUAGUGUAGAUUAAUUUAUGAUUCCUCAGAGUUCUCCAGCCAUCUCACACAGCUGAAAAAUGACCAUGUGCUACACUCUGAUAAUGUGGCGAUCAGCUGAACUGAUCAACUCUGGCAGCAACCACAAA